GCUUCGUUUACGGGCUAGCGAUUGGGUCGAUUUCUGUGCGCGCGUGACCUCUCUCUGAAAAGUACAUCGCAGCAUCCUCAUCCCGUUUGAAAGAGCUGUCAAGUGAGAAAAAGGAUUCGUAUGUGUGUAUCUUGUGUUUUGUUUGUGCAUUGUGGAUAGUUGUUCUUCUUGUGGAUUACUCUGGAUGUUCUAGUCUGGUUUACAUCAGGAGGAAGUUAAAGGAUGUACCAGCAAUGGCGAGAAAGUGGAUUUUUUUCGACUACCAAUCCGAAUGAAUGUUGAACAUGUGAAGAAAUAAGUCCAAAGAUGGAGGCGGAGGGCGAUAGAGGAUGCUCGGAGGAGGGCUACCUCUUGGUCAGGAUACAAGUGCCCGAGCUCAAUAUUCAAAAGUGCCUACAGUUUCCUAGGGACCAACUCGUCUGGGAUGUCAAGCAACAGUGUUUGGCUUCCCUUCCUAAGGUGGCUACUUGGUAUAGGGAACUCAAGGAAAGCUUUAAUUACGGCCUGUUCAGCCCUCCGGAAAAUGGAAGGGCCGGGAAAUUCCUGGAUGAAGAACGUCGUCUCGGGGAUUAUCCCUUUAACGGACCUGUGGGAUAUCUGGAGUUGAAGUAUAAACGAAGGGUCUACAAAAUGAUAUCGGUAGAUGAAAAGCAACUGAAAAGCCUCCACACCAGAACAAAUCUGAGGAGAUUCCUGGAAUAUGUACAGAAUGGCCAGGUGGAAAAAGUCACGAAAAUGUGCUCAAAAGGUCUCGAUCCCAAUUUUCACUGCCAGGAUUCAGGAGAAACUCCCCUCACGAUCUCGACGUCCAUCAAGAAGCCGGCCAAGGUGAUCAUAGCCCUGGUGAACGGUGGAGCACUCUUGGACUACCGGACGAAGGACGGGUCCACGGCCAUGCACCGUUCGGUGGAAAACAGGAACCUGGAGGCCAUGAAGACGCUCCUGGAACUGGGCGCCUCGCCCAACUACAAAGACUGCAAGGGAUUGACUCCCCUUUACCUCACCGUAACCCACAACGUGGAUCCCCAAUUCACAGAGUGUUUGUUGCACGACCACGCGUCGAUAGGUGCCCAGGAUCUGCAAGGAUGGCAGGAGGUGCAUCAGGCAUGCAAGAACGGACAGCUCCAGCACUUGGAGCAUCUUCUGUUCUACGGAGCAGACAUGAAUGCUCAAAACGCUUCCGGUAAUACGCCCCUCCACGUGUGUGGUGUCAACGGGCAAGAGUCCUGCGCUCGUCAGCUGCUCUUCAGGGGAGCGGACAGAAACGCGCUGAACUUUGCCAAUCAGAAUCCUUAUCAGGUGGCUGUUAUAGCUGGAAACUUGGAACUGGCCGAAGUCAUCGAGAGCUAUCGACAAGAGGAUGUGGUCCGGUUCCGAGGCCCCCCCAGCUAUAACCCGAAGCGUAGGUCCGCUAUUGGAUGGCUCCAUCGAGCCCCAUCUCUGAGUACCCUAGCCUUGCCCCCAAGUCCCUGUCCUAGUGACCGAUCUUCUGUCCCCUUCAGCUCAGCCAGUUCCAGCCUCAGCGAUGGCAGCGCCCCAGCGGGCGAAAUGGAUACCGCCAGUAUUGUCACAGUGCUUGCACUGGGUGUUGCAGAUAAGAGUCUUGGCGAUACCAGUGACAUCAUCAGCGACAGUUCCGGUGUGGGUACUGCGAAUUCUGACACCAACUGUAGCCUAUCAAUGCCUGGUACUACCGUUGUUUGUAUAGAACCCUACGUCUCUAAAGAAGAAGGUCAUAUAUCGAUAAGAGAAGGUGAUAUUUUAGAAGUAACUGGUGCUACAGACUGUGGAUAUUUAGAGGGUAAUUUGAGAAGCAGCGGCAAUCGUAGCGGUCUAUUUCCGGCUCAUUGUGUGCAGGAAGUUCGUCUAAGACAUAACAUUCAACCAGCUAUGAUUGUGGCGGCAGAUUCUAGACAACAGAUGCAGCAUCAACAGAGAUCUCGUAAUACCAGGGUGUUGGGUAGAAGAGAGAGCAAUUCCAAACAGUUCGCUACGACACCAAGAUCUAAGAAAUACGCAGACAUCCCGAACGCCAGACCAAGGACGGUGGUCUUGCACAAAGGCCGUAAAGGCUUCGGUUUCAUUCUGAGAGGCGCCAAGGCAACGUCGCCGCUCAUGGAACUGACACCUUCGGAAAAAUGUCCCGGUCUUCAAUACCUGGACGACGUGGACGUCGGCGGUGUGGCCGACAUGGCCGGACUGAAGAAGGGCGACUUCCUCCUGGAAAUCAACAACGACGACGUCUCCUCGGCCUCCCACGAGCACGUGGUGGAUCUGAUCAGGAAGUCCGGCAACCUUGUACAGAUGACCGUGGUGUCCAUAGAGCCGGAAAGCGUGGGAGGCAUCCCCAUGAGCAAGUCCACGUUUUUACCCGGUGGUAACGUCGACGUACCGAACAGUAGGCAGUAUGCGACGUUGCCAAGGAAGAUCGGAGGGAAUCAGGGUAUCAUGAACAGAUCGCUGCAAGCGCCACUUCCUCCAAGGAGGGAUCCCAAGACGACGCUCAGCGUUGGGAGAGCCAGGGCGAAGAGUAUGGUUGCGGGUUUAGUAGAAGAAGGAGAAAGAGAAGAGACUGAAGACUUAACGAAGUCAAGUUCGGUGGAGUCUAUACACAAAAUGACGGACAUCUCGAAAUUUGGCACGCUGGUAACGAAGACUGCUUCGAUCAGGCAGAGACCUAUUUCCGGAAGGGUCACCUCCAGCGAAUUGGAGGAGCUGUUCGAGAAGCAAAAGUCCGAGGAUGUUUAUGGCAAAAACUCACUAAUGAUCAGUUCGAGGUUUCAAGCUGGGGGAACUAUUUCUAGUCAUCCAAGUUCUCCUGCUAAGACUAGGGUGUACGCUAGUGUGGCCGAGAUGAAGAGGAAUAAGAGUAAGAAUACGAAGGUCCGAUUCACCAACUUAUUCUCGAAGGGCAAGGGUGAACUGAGAAGGGAUUUCCACAGCACGCCCGACUUGACUCAAGAGUUGGCCAUGAUGUCCGUCAAGAACCAUCGGAGCCAAGAGGACUUGGUCCUUCUCCAGAAUAGAACUCUACCUCCUACGCAUCCUCCACCACCUCCACCGGCCAUGGUUCAGAUGGUCAAGGUGGAUAACAGGAUUUCCAAGACGGAAUAUGACAAUUUGGCCCACAAGAAUUCUCCCAGAGAAGGAAUAAUUUCAUCCUUCAAACCAUCAGCUAAUGCCAAACUCUAUGCCUCACCUGAAGACAUGAAACAGGUGGGAUAUAGAUCAAAAAGCCUUCCUUCUCAUUCGGCAAGACCUCAAGUAAGAAAAUCACAAAGCAUGAGAUCUAAUGCUACUUUCAAGCCGACCUGUACAAGUUCGCCGCCAAAUGAACCUCAAGUCAAUAAAAACAAUCCCUAUGCUCAACCGAUACAAACAUCGAGGUCGAAUUCAUCCGCAAGUAUGAAAGAUAGACUGAGAAAAAUACCUACCAGUAAAUCAGCUUCAAAUGUCAUGGUCACAUCCCCUGGAGAUACGCCAUCCAUUCCGGAACCUGAUUACAGUUGUAGCGAGUCGGAAGGUGAAUCUGACGAGGAGAACAAAAACAGCUCGAGUCUGGCUUCUAGGUUAACAGCGGUACAGCUGCAGCCGGUGGAAAACAGUGGAAACAGCAAUGCAAGUGGAAGCAGUUCUGGCAGCAGUUCAGUUCCUCCAAGUUUCACCGCGGAUGAAAUACAAAAAGGUAGAUCGAUGUUGAAAUCGUCCAAGUCUUAUCCAGAAGAUUUCUUGAGAAGAAACGAGUCUGACAUAAGGGUGGAAGACGGUGACAAUAGUUCUUCAGGUGUCAGUUCUGACCAAGAAGCUCAUAGCAAUAUGAACUCAGAAUAUCCCGAAAGAAUGACCAAUGAAUUACCAAGUUCGAAAAAACACCUCACAGGAUUAUUUACGAAGCAAUCUAGUCUACCUGUUAAAUUUCAACCACCGAUAACUCAAGCCUCAGCUGGAAAAAAAGAAUUCCGACUUCCUCCACCUCCAGAAUUCAUCGAGUCAGAAACUAACGUUGAUGCUGCUAGCACCCUAGCUGUUAUAGCACCCAUAGCCCCUCCACCACAGUUCAGCGACGAUCGACGAGUAACUAGAGUUAGAAUAGUGGGAGCCGUUCCCAAAGAUGCUCCACCACCCGCAGCAAAAACUGCUCAACCGAACCUAAAACAUGGGAGGUUACAUAGUCAAUGAGAGGAGAGUUUAACGGAAUAGCCAAGGUUGUGAAAAGAACAGUAUUUCAAAUUUAUGGAUCUGAAAGUUGAUAUUAUACACAUGACAUCAUUAUUGUACUCGUCAGUUUGUCGUUUUGGGUUUCGGUGGCCUUUGUUGAAGUUUUUGUUCCGGAAGUCAUUGAAUUCAAGAAAUGGAAAGAGAUAACAAUGUUCACAUUCCACGUAUAAGCACAAAAAAAUGUUAGGAGUGUGUUGCACAGUAGAACCAGCUACAUGGAGGAAGCGAUCACACUAAACGUAAAUACAUUCCAAAUAAGUGAUUACUUACUCAUUCCCUGAAUCCGUUGUGGGCUUUGAGUUUGAGAAGGCGAAUGAACCCAAUCCCCGAACCAAAUUAAGGUCUCUUGUUGGUGAUUUUUAUCUUGAAGUAGUAUUUUUAUGAAUGAGAGAUAAUUUCUACGAAAUCAACGUCACACAAGUCCGUCAUUUUAAUCAUUGAUCCAAUCAUCCUGCCAUUAAUAUUUAUGCUUAUAUUUUUCAAUAUUAAUAUUGUUACAAUUGAAUAGCUCAAAUUAUGUUGUUUGGUAUCUUCAUAAACGAUGAUAUAUCGAUUAUACUCGAACAUCGUGUGAUAUUUGCUUCAUCAACAAUUCAGUCUUCACAAUGAUGGAAGUACUGUGUAGAUUAGAUAUUUUUCUAUGUGAUAUUAUAAGAUUACUUUGAACAUUUUCAUUCGACGAUGCUUAAAAUAUCAAUGUCUAUGGAGAUCGUACGAUAAAGUUGUUUUAAACUAAUUUGUACUUUUUGAACAUUUCCAAAAAUUACAACACAACUGCUAUUACAAAUAAUGGAAAUUUAAAAUGAGCUGUUUAUCAUUUUAAAUGCAAAACUCAAUUGAUUUUUAAUCCCGAAUUGUUUUGUUGUCCUCUAUUUUAUUUAAAUGAAUAUGUUCGUAUUUUAUUGGAAUUCAUUGGAUUCGUAACGGAAUAAGAAUGAAAAACAAUAAAUGAAUGAUUAUUGAAGCGGUUAAUGAAAUUUCAUGGUUGAAGAGGCCUAGGUGCGUUAAAGAAAAAUGUUCAAAAAAUACUCUACCCUUUUUUCUGUAAUUUGUAAAAUUACUUUGUAAAAAAUCUCUGGAAUUUUGCUUUCCCUUUUAUGUUAAAAUGCAUGAUGUAAAUAGAUGAAAAAUAAAUAACUCAAUUGGGGAGACAGUAUUUGUAUGAGAAAAUUUGUACAAUUACUGUCCAGCGUUUUCAUUGAAACUAUUCGGUAAUAGUUUUAAUGAAAAUCUAGUUUUUUAUAGUCACAGGUAAUGAAGCUUGUAAUUUAUGUUCAUUUUAUAUUCUGUAUUUAUUAAACAAUACCUAAUGUAGUUUAAAUAUUUAUGCACAUAUGUGCUACUUCUAAUUGUUAUAAGCAACUUGUAUAACAUUGACCUAUUUAAAAAAUAUAACUUUGUACCUAUUUUCUGUUGUUUUUUCCGAAUGAAGAUUUGUGUCAAUCGAGAAAGCAAUGCUCAGUCUCACAUGUGCUGUUCUCGAAUCUCAUUACAAUUUGAUCGUUAUUCUUACAAACCAGAAAAUGAAACAAUUCUAUUUGACUGAGCUAAUUUUCAUAAGUAUUACUUUUACCAACUUUUGUAGAUUGUUUCACCUCAAUUAUACCAUCUCAUACACUUCAUAGUUAAAAUAAAGUGUGCAUGUAUUUUGUAAUUUAUACAUAAUGUUCAUGCAAAAAUAAAUUGGAAAUUUCUAA